AUGCAGCUUCAGACUAUACCCAAUUCCACCAUGGUGACAGAAUUCCUCCUCGAAAUUUUUGCUGAGACUUGGGGACCCAGAUUCCUGAUUAGUAUGCUGUUCCUGCUGAUGUACCUGGGCAGCCUGCUAGGGAACCUAACCAUCAUCAUGGUUAGCACCAUUGACCAAAACCUACACACACCCAUGUACUUCUUCCUCAGGAAUCUGUCCAUCUUAGACAUGUGCUAUAUUUCAGUCACAGUCCCCAAAGCCUGUGUCAACUCUCUCAGUAAUAACAGGGGCAUUUCUGUGACUGGGUGUGCUGCACAGAUCUUCUUAGUCAUGUUUUGUGGAUGUGUAGAGAUUCUAUUUCUCACCGUCAUGGCCCAAGACCGCUAUGUGGCCAUCUGCCAGCCCCUCCUCUACCCUGUCAUCAUGAACCACCAAUUUUGUGUUCAGAUGACUUUGGCCUCCCUACUCCUUGGUCUUGUCAUAGCAGGUUCACACACUGUGAAGACAUUCCAGUUGUCCUUCUGUAGCUCUAACAUGGUCUCUCAAUUCUUCUGUGAUAUCCCACCUUUGUUGAAGCUCUCUUGUUCAGACACCUUUAACAACAAACUCUCAAUGCUCAUAACUGCCAUCAUCUUUAGUGGGAGCUGCAUUAUCUUCAUUUCUGUAUCAUAUGUUCACAUAUUUUCAACUGUGUUAAAGUUUCCUCUGAAAGAAGAGAGAGGAAAGGCCUUUUCCACCUGUGUCCCUCACAUUAUUGUGGUGUCUCUGUUCACUAUCUCUGGUGCCUACAUGUAUCUGAGACCUCCAGUUAUCUCAGAAGUAGUCCAGGACAUGAUUCUGUCUGUACUUUAUACCACUGUUCCUCCAUUAUUUAAUCCUGUCAUCUACAGUCUAAGAAACAAACAGAUAAAGGAAGCUGUAAGGAAAGUAAUACUGAGAAGUAUUUAG